AUGGCCGCCAGAGCUCCCGCAGGCCGACCUGGCCCAGGCGGCAGGUUUGCCCAAUUCAAACUUGUGCUUCUCGGUGAAUCUGCUGUAGGAAAGAGCUCGUUAGUCCUUCGGUUCGUCAAAGAUCACUUCGAUGACUAUCGCGAGUCCACAAUCGGUGCUGCCUUCCUGACACAGACGAUAUCACUGGAUGAGAACACGACGGUCAAGUUUGAGAUAUGGGAUACUGCUGGUCAAGAAAGAUACAAGUCAUUGGCACCCAUGUACUACCGAAAUGCCAAUUGUGCUGUAGUUGUUUACGAUGUCACCCAGGCCGUACGUUUCAUUCGCUUCUUCUUCUUCGUCGUCGUCAUCGCUGAGAUUAUCAUCGCUAAUGUUGUCAUCCAGUCAUCACUAGACAAAGCCAAAUCGUGGGUGAAAGAGCUGCAAAGACAAGCCAAUGAGAACAUCGUCAUUGCCCUUGCCGGUAACAAGGUGGACGUUGUCAACGAACACCCCGAUAAACGCGCGAUUCAGACCGCAGACGCAGAAGCCUAUGCCAAAGAGGCAGGUUUACUUUUCUUCGAGACCUCAGCCAAAACCUCGACCAACGUUCGUGAACUAUUCACGGCUAUUGCCAAAAAACUCCCUCUCGACCAAGCAGGACCUCGCAGUUUGAGAUCGAACCCCCGACCAGGAGUAGACCUACGACCAGAAUCAACCGGCACUCAAGGAGCAGGAAAUUGCCAAUCUAGCAGGCGCAAGGAAAGGGAAGGCCGUGGUCGGGGCGGGAAGCUGGAUAAGGAUGGUUUUGGCGAUCACAAUUGGAUCAGGAGAGAUAUCUGGAAGUUGAACUCGAGACCGGGGGAUCCGACCACCGCUGGACCAGACACACUCAAGACAAGCAUCGAGAAGAAACACGGAGACAUGAUCUUUGUUUUCGUCCAUGUUCAAGACCGCCUUUUUGUGGUAUACUAUCCUGAAGGGUUUUUUGGAGAGCAAUCCGGCGGCCGCCGGCUCUUGUUUAUCGACACAUUCUAA